AUGUGCCCGGGUAGUAAAAAGAAGAAGGUGUCGAUCUCCAUCCUAUUCCUCGCGAUCUUUUUUUCGACUGUCGGCGGCCAAUGCUACAACCAGUGCUCCGGAAACGGAGAGUGCGACCCGCAGGGGUUCUGCGACUGUUGGGACGGUUACGACGGGUGGGAUUGCUCGUUCUUGAGGUGUCCGUCAGCCCCAGCCUGGGCGGAUAUAGCUUCUGGAACAGACGACGCCCACAACGACGCCGUGUGCUCCAAUAUGGGGUACUGCAACGGGGAGACCGGGCUCUGCAUCUGCCACGAAGGCUUCACCGGACGAGCGUGCGAGCGAAUGUCUUGCCCAAACGACUGCAACGGCCACGGACAGUGCCUCUCCAUGGCCGAGGCUGCCGCGGCGGAAGACGGAAACAGGCUUAUCCACGUCGCGUCUUACGAGGCUUGGGACGCCGAUAUGAUAUACGGCUGCGUCUGCGAUGAAGGAUACGAAGGCUACGACUGCAGUCUUCGGCCUUGCCCCGUGAGCGACAGCGCACUCACCUCUGGGCAGCAGGACGAGAGUGUGGUCUUGUUCUGCAGGUGCGGCGACGACUGCACUAACACAUUUCGGCUGCGUUACAAGGGGCAGUACGCGACUAUCAGCCCUUUCAUGAGCGCUGGGGAAGUCGCCGACAGGAUAAUGGCAAUGUCUAGCGUCAAGUCCGAUGCUACGGAGUACACUUCUCCUCCGGUGGUCGCCACGUUUUCGGGCGCAGCCACGGUGUGCAGUUCCGAGGGAACGGCGGCAACAAUCACGUUCACGAGGGACCCGGGAGAUCUCCCUCCGGUGUUCAUCAAGUUCGACAAGCUCACCUCCAGCGAAGGCUCCGAUGUACACAUGACGACGGAGGCGACCCUGGUGUGCACGUGCGUCGGAGCUUGCGGGGGGCACUUUCGCUUCGUCGGGGACCGAGGAGAGGCCACGGAAAAGCUCCCGUUCAGCGCGGGCGAGAGUAUGAUACAGACGACGCUGUCAAGACUGUCGGAUCUCUCGUCAGCCAACAUCACGGUGACCAUCUCGGACGGCGUAGGCUCGGCUUGCCAAGAUUCGGCCACCGUCAACACCACAAUCGCCGUCGACCUGGACUAUGGGAACUACCCUCUCCAGGUCGUUCCUAGUCUCUUCGACGACGGACAGCAGCAGCAGGAGGACGAGCCGCCGAUGAUGACUCUGACGACAAACGACGGUGACAAGGAGCAGGAAUACUGCGCCGGUCUAGGGUCGUGCGACUUCAGCACGGGCCAGUGUACCUGCGACGAAGAUUACGAGUACGACCAGGAGUACGGACCUUGCGGACAGUACGUGGUCGAUCAUUCUCAUUGGGCCGGACGCCAGAUGUGCCCGGGAUUCGUCCUGCGACCGAGCUUCCUAGCGCUUGGCACAGAGACAAACGAGUGGAAUCUCUAUUUUACAGAUGGGGGCGACAACUCCUCCGACCCUUUCACCGAAGAUGAUUCGUUCGACUCUACAGUUGUGUUGCCCGGGUACUACUGGUGA